UGUGUGUAAGUGUGUGUGUGUGUAAGUGUGUGUCAGUCGCAGCCUAGCAAGCACGACCGCUGCUACCUCUGCAUUCCGGCUUUUCGAGUUGCCCUGCUCCGUCACACAAGCUCCGUUGCAGGGGACGGACCGAGGUUUGGGGCGGGGGGGGGACACCGGGCUUCCUGUGACCACUUCUUGACGACCCGAGCGGCUCGUGGACGCGACGCGCAGGCGGGCAGGAUGAUCGCGGCUCAGCUCCUGGCCUACUACUUCACCGAGUUGAAGGAUGACCAACUCAAAAAGAUCGACAAGUACCUCUACUCCAUGAGGUUCUCCGAUGACACGCUGAAGGAUGUCAUGAACCGCUUCCGCCGGGAGAUGGUGGACGGGCUGGGCCACGACACCAACCCCACCGCCACCGUCAAAAUGUUGCCCACCUUCGUCAGGUCCAUCCCGGACGGAUCAGAAAAGGGGGAUUUCAUUGCUCUGGACCUCGGCGGAUCCAACUUCCGGAUCCUGCGGGUCAAGGUGACCCAGGACAAAAAGCAACCGGUCCAAAUGGAAAGCCAGUCCUAUGACACCCCAGACAACAUCAUCCAUGGAAGUGGGACACAGCUCUUCGACCAUGUGGCAGAAUGCCUCGGGGACUUUAUGGAGAAACAGAAAAUUAAGGACAAGAAGCUGCCGGUUGGAUUUACAUUCUCUUUUCCCUGCGCCCAAACUAAACUGGAUGAGGCUGUUUUACUGACAUGGACAAAAAAGUUUAAAGCCAGUGGCGUGGAAGGCAUGGAUGUUGUGAAACUCCUCAACAAGGCAAUUAAGAAACGAGGGGACUACGACGCAGACAUCAUGGCCGUGGUGAACGACACCGUCGGCACCAUGAUGACGUGCGGAUUUGAUGAUCAGCGCUGUGAAGUGGGCAUCAUCAUUGGCACAGGAACCAAUGCCUGCUACAUGGAAGAGAUGCGUCACAUCGACCAGGUGGAGGGCGACGAGGGUCGGAUGUGCAUCAACACCGAGUGGGGGUCUUUUGGGGACGACGGCUCUUUAGAGGACAUUCGCACAGAAUUUGAUCGAGAGAUCGACAGGGGAUCCCUCAACCCAGGAAAGCAGCUCUUUGAAAAGAUGGCCAGUGGCAUGUACAUGGGAGAGCUGGUGCGACUCAUUCUGGUCAAGAUGGCCAAAGAGGGUCUACUGUUUGAGGGCCGGAUAACCCCUGAGCUCCUGACAAAAGGGAAGAUUGAGACCAAGCAUGUUUCUGCCAUUGAAAAGACUAAAGAAGGGCUAAAGAAGUGCAUGGAAAUCCUAACGAGGCUCGGGGUGGAGCCCUCGGAUGAAGACUGUCUGGCCGUGCAGCACGUGUGCACCAUUGUCUCAUUUCGCUCGGCAAAUCUUAUCUCUGCGACACUGGGGGGCAUUCUCUCUCGCCUUAAAGAGAACAAGGGCGUUGCUCGCCUGCGCACCACUGUGGGCAUUGACGGGUCCCUCUACAAGAUGCAUCCACAGUACGCCCGCCGUCUGCACAAGACGGUGCGUCGCUUGGUCCCAGACUCGGACGUCCGCUUCCUGCUGUCGGAGAGCGGCAGUGCUAAGGGCGCUGCCAUGGUGACAGCGGUGGCGUACCGCCUGACGGAGCAGUCUCGACAGAUCCAGCAGACCAUGGCCGAGUUCCGGCUCAGCAAGGCCCAACUGCUGGAGGUGAAGAAGCGGAUGCGGGUGGAGAUUGAAAGAGGCCUCAAGAAGGACACCCACAAGGAAGCGACCGUCAAAAUGUUGCCCACAUAUGUCCGAAGUACACCAGAUGGAACAGAGAAUGGAGAUUUCCUAGCUCUGGACCUUGGAGGGACAAAUUUCCGUGUCCUCCUGGUCAAGAUUCGCAGCGGGAAGAGGCGAUCAGUGGAGAUGCAUAACAAAAUCUACGCCAUUCCCAUAGAAGUUAUGCAGGGCACAGGCGAGGAGCUCUUUGACCACAUUGUGCACUGCAUCUCUGACUUUCUGGACUACAUGGGAAUGAAAAGCGCUCGUCUACCUCUGGGUUUUACUUUCUCCUUCCCUUGUCAUCAGACCAGUCUAGAUGCAGGAAUACUUGUGACCUGGACCAAAGGCUUCAAAGCGACAGACUGUGAGGGCGAAGAUGUGGUGGAGCUUCUGAGGGAUGCCAUCAAGAGGAAAGAGGAAUUUGAGUUGGAUGUGGUUGCUAUAGUCAACGACACAGUUGGCACCAUGAUGACCUGCGCGUACGAGGAACCCACCUGUGAAGUUGGCCUGAUUGCAGGGACGGGUAGUAACGCAUGUUACAUGGAGGAGACAAAGAAUAUUGAGAUCGUGGAGGGAAACCAAGGUCGUAUGUGCGUCAACAUGGAAUGGGGAGCAUUUGGAGACAAUGGAUGCUUGGAUGAUAUCAGGACCACGUACGACCAGGCGGUGGAUGAGAACUCGCUCAACGAAGGCAAACAACGGUAUGAGAAAAUGUGCAGUGGCAUGUACCUUGGAGAGAUUGUCAGGCAGAUUUUGAUUGAUCUGACCAAACGUGGAUUCCUGUUCCGGGGACAAAUAUCUGAAACGCUGAAGACCAGAGGCAUCUUUGAGACCAAGUUCCUGUCUCAGAUCGAGAGCGAUCGUCUGGCGCUGUUGCAGGUCAGAGCGAUCCUGCAGCAGCUGGGUCUGGACAGCACCUGUGACGACAGUAUCAUUGUCAAGGAGGUGUGCGGCACCGUGUCCCGCCGCGCCGCACAGAUCUGCGGGGCCGGCAUGGCCGCGGUGGUGGACAAGAUCCGCGAGAACCGAAAACUGGACCACCUGGAUGUGACCGUGGGUGUGGACGGAACGCUCUACAAGCUGCAUCCACAUUUCUCGCGGAUCUUCCAUCAAACGGUGAAGGAACUUUCCCCCAAAUGCGACGUCAACUUCCUGCUGUCGGAGGACGGUAGCGGGAAGGGAGCCGCCCUCAUCACGGCGGUGGGCUGCCGCCAGAGGGAGUUGGAGGCUCAGCAGCACUGAGACGCUCGCCUCGCCUCGGAGGAUAUCGACCCGCUGCGCCAUCGCCACCUUCCACCCGCCGCAAAACCACCCCGCCUAAGCCUAACAGCCGUGACUCCACCUCUGCACCCCCUACAGUCAGGGUGGCGUGCUUACAAAGCACAGCCAACUCGCAGCCACUGCUAAGUAUUUAUUUCUACUGCACCAGCAGCUUUCUUGCGUUCCUGUUUGUGCUUUGUCCCAAUCGGAUCUAACCUCCUUAGCCAUGUAAUAUUUGUGUAUUGCUAAUUUUAUUUUUAUAUGGAGGCAAAUAUAUGACUGUAUUUAUAUAGCUGAGGCCACUUUGGAUCCCAGAGGUCAUUAGCAUUUUACACCGCUGAGACAAGAAAACACCUGCACUUUUUAUACGAGAGGUAUAUGGCCGCGGCGUUCCCGUGUAACUUCCAAACGCCGGAUGUCGUCCUCGCCAAACCAACAUAGCCGUUUUUACAGGUAGCACGCUGCAGAGGCUUGAACGCACGAGUCACGGCUGUCGGAUUCCUCCUCAUGACAUCACGUGCUACUGUACGUUUCUGACCCGCUGUCGUGUGUCUGUCCAUGUACCUCACGUGUUCGAGUCCUCCGGCGGAAGAGUUAGCGUAAACUUUAGAACUACUUGUGAACUACUAAGCUUUGUUGUCGUGAUCAAUCCAUGCUUAACGGGCCCAGGGAGAAGUGGAACAAUACCGCGAGCGCUUUAUCGUGUAUUUGUGACAAGAGUGUACGUGUGUCCGACCUGUAAGCUUUCAAUGUCCAAAGCUCCGUGGAGACUGCAUGCCUUACACUCAGACCCGGGGGUCUUUCUGUUUGUUUCACAUGGGUAAAGAGUUGUGAUGGACACCGUGAAAGUCAGUUCAUGAUUAAAUUAUAUUUUGUUGUG